UCCGUGAGAGAACAGAGCAAGCUGUAGCUUAAUCUACAUUUCCACGAGACUUAUGCUAGAGUAAAAUGGAGAACAAAAAUGCUACCACCCUUACUGAACAGAAACCGGAAGAAUCUAAAUGCAAUGAGGAUUCACUUCUCCCCAUCGUUGAGAAGGGACUUUUCUUCCAUGAUUCCUUCUUCGAGGAUAUUCGGAAGCACUUUGAGACAGCCAUCGACCAAAUCCUGGAUACGUGGGGAGAAGGCAAAUCCGUUAGUGAUCUGAUGAGUAGCUACAGACGUGUAAGAGAGCGCAAUUUGCAGCAAGAGAACCAAGUCAUGGCCUUCAGCGAAGACGACCAGAAUCACAAGGUUGUACUGGAUGUUCAUGACUUCAAGAGUGGAGAUGUUAAGGUUAGAGUGGAAGACAAGCAGGUGGUGGUGGAAGGUCGAGUGGAAAAGGAAGAAGAUGACUUCAAGUCCAUGAAAAGCUUCUAUCGACGUUUCAGCUUCCCAGGCAAAGUGAACAUGGAGGCCGUGACUUCCGCAAUGUCUUCCGAUGGCGUCUUGACUGUCACGGCUCCGAAGAUUCCACAGGCAGCAUAGCAAA